UUUCCGGGAGGGGAGUAAUCAAAGAGGGUAGGAUGGGCCCGUCACUGAAUUUCUUGAUUCAAUUAGCACCCUAUGGCCAUUGUGCAAUGACGUCAUCGUGCCCAGGAGCGGAAGUGGGUGGGAGGAAAGUGCAAGAGUUUCCUUGUUUGUAGCAAAGAAGGUGGAGUCUACCUGCUGUUUUCGGCAUUUCGGUACUGCUUACCCCUUUUAUCCUCUGUCUUUUUGGACGGGUUAUUCUCUUUCUUUCUUGUCUUCAGUCAAGGUUGCUUUUGUCUUUUCUUUUUCUACUUUUCCUGAGUGCUUUUUCUGUUGUUUUCUAGUCACCCGUAGGUGCUAGAGCCCUCCCCUUCCUUCUCACUCAGCCCUUGUGGGGGUGCUGCAUCCCUUCUCUGGUAACAUCUAUGUUAUGAUACCAUAGUCUCUAAUCCUGUCUUUUUCCUAACAGGUAGGAUUCCUUUUCUGCCCCCACUAGUAGCACCAUGGAGUUUCCAGAUUUAGGUGCCCACUGUUCGGAACCGUCCUGCAAACGCCUUGACUUUCUCCCCCUGAAAUGUGAUGCUUGUGAACAGCUGUUCUGCACUGACCAUGUUGCCUAUGCCCAUCACAGCUGCACUUCAGCUUACAAGAAGGAUGUGCAAGUCCCUGUGUGCCCACUUUGCAACACACCCAUCCCGGUGAGGCGAGGAGAGAUGCCUGACGUUGUAGUGGGGGCACACAUUGACCAGGAUUGCAAGUCGGACCCAGCUCAGCGUAAGCGCAAGAUCUUCACCAACAAGUGUCAGCACCCUGGCUGCAAGCAACGGGAAAUGAUGAAGGUUCUUUGUGACCAGUGUCAUGGCAACUUCUGCCUCAAGCACCGGCACCCACUGGAUCAUGACUGCGCCGGGGCCGGGCAUUCCCUCUCCAAAGCAGGGAAUGCUGCUGUUGCCAGGACUCAAAAGUCUGCUAAAGCAUCCACAAGUGCCACAUCCAGCAGUGGAGCCAUGAGAUCUGCUGCCAGCCUGCCAGCCUCCAGCAGAGGCACUGAGACAGAAAGAGCACAUCAGUCCCAAAACACAUCUUCACCAGUUGUUGCCCUGCAGAACGGACUGAGUGAAGAGGAAGCACUGCAACGGGCCUUGGAGAUGUCCCUGGCAGAGGCGGUGCCCAGCCAACCACCACCCCACAGUACCCAGGAGGAGGAAGAUCUGGCAUUGGCUCAGGCUAUUUCAGCUAGCGAGGAGGAGUACAGGCGGCAGCAGCGGCAGCAGCAGCAACAGCAGCAGGUGAGCAAGAUGAGGAAUUCCCUGAACUACUGUCUCCCAUCCAACUGUGCGUAGCCUCAGUGGGCUAUGGAAGUCUUUGCUGUAAAUUUGUCUUCUACCAUCAGGGAUGUCCAAUGCAAGGUCAAUCCAGGUAUUGAAACCAAACAAGAACAAUGGCUUCUUCUGUGACUGUGUGGUUUUUUUCUCAACAGCUUCAGCAUCCUCAAUAGUGGAUGUUCCUCUGGCUAGGGAUCCAGCCUAGGUUUGCUGAAUGCUUUUUGAAGGGCAUUAACCAGAAUGAAUCAUCCUGUACCAGCAUGUGAGAGAAGCAGGUAGCUCAAAAUCUCAGCAGACUUGCUGAGAGCAGAUACAUCAAGACUACUCGAGCAGAUAAAUAAAUCUUUAAGCACCUAUCAUUCAUUCUAAUUGAAUUGAUAUCCUGCUCUUCCUCUGAGGAGCUCAGAGCUGUGUACGUGGUUAUUUUUAUCCUCACAACAACCCUGUGAGGUUGGUUAGGCUGAGAGAUACAUGACUGGCCCAGAGUCACCCAGUGAGUUUCAUGGUUGAAUGGGGAGUCGAACUUGGGUCUUCCUGGUCCUAGUCCAACACACUAACUUUCUUUCUCUGUCUUUACAAUGCAUGUUUAGAUAUGGGAGAUUUGAAUCCAUGGCAGCCUUUAAGUAGGGAAGCAGUGGGGUGGUGGUUCUUAACAGGCUAACAGCACAUAAGGGCUGUGUAUGUAAUGGUCAUCCCAGUCGGGGGAGUGGGGUGGGGCACAAGUGGAGAAGAACUGACUCCAGCUUCUGGUGAUGCUAAACUCAACAUGCUUUUGUUUUAGGCUCGAACUUCAAAGCCAUCCAAUUGCCGUCUGUCCUGAGCACAGCAAGCAUCUGUCAGCAUGAGAAACUAUGCCUGGCCACUGUGGUCCGUCCUCUGUGCCCGCAGGGGUUACCUCCCUCUGCUGCUGCGUCAGGGCUACUUACAAUGAACCAAAGGCUGCACCCCUCUGCCUGGCCCUCGUAGAGUGUCUUUUCACCACACAGCGGUUGCCACCUCACACUGUGACCAUGUGCGCCUUUGGGGGACGUUGGCAGCAUUUCUCUCCCUGGAUGAAGCCGUGACAGCCUUGGGGUAAUACUCCCCAGUUGCUCCACCCAAGCGUAUAACCUGGCAGGGGGCGGACUGGCAGGCAACAUCAGAUUCAAUUGGUUUAAGCCUCAAAUUAUUACUGUGUGGAGAUGUCCCGUAGCUGAGGGGAGUUUGAGGAAGUCGCGGCCCUUGCCUGCCUCUCUCUCAGCCUGUGGCAGUCCUGCAGUUGGACAAUAGGUGGUGCUAACUGCUUUCAGAGUGGGGAUUUUGACGCCUCAUUCUUGGUGCUGUGCUUCUUCUAAGCUACCUGUUUGUUUAAGUGGGGAAGGGGACACAUUCCUAGAGCGACUGUUGCACAGGUCGCCAGCCAAAUGUUGUCCUAGCUGCUUCAGCGGCAACAUUCAGAUAACGAGAAGCACAAUGCAAUGUGAAAGUUGUGCCGGUUGAGGAGUUCUGUAGGACUGUUGCAACAAGCAAAGGUCUCUUUCAGUCUUCCCCUACUGGGAGGCAGAGUCUGCUUCCUCCCCUUCUGGGUUGAAUUGACACUCUCUUGCUGCCAGCCCUGUGUCAGAACCCUGACACUUUGCCCCCUCUUGGAAAGUCUGCCAAAGAUCAACACUGCAGUGAACGGUAGGCUGCCCUGUAGUGGUAGGGAAGAGGUCUUCUCCCAGUAGAUGGCCAGCUUCUUGAGACUGCAUGUUGCAAAGCUGGCCAGCCCCAGGUGGCACCCAUACCUCAGUGACCACAAGGAUGUCAAUUUUCUUUCUGAUGCAUACUCUUGUCAGGCUCUGUCUUAUCAAGCUGUAAUGUUUUACAGCCUUGGGCUUCCAGCUCUCCACCCUGCAACAGCUAUUCGUGUCUCUCCCUCUGCAGGCACCCCUUCAUCAUUUAGCAUUCUGUGCCUUCGCUGUAUCACCUACACAGCGCUGGAGCAAGGGGGGGGUGGGGUGGGCUCAGUGGCAGGGAAUCUUGGGAAAGCUGAUGGGAGCCAAUAAACUCCGACUGAAAUGGUUCGGCCUUCUGCUUUCUUGUCAACUUUUGUGUUUAUUUGGGAGCACAUGCAAGUUCAUAAGUCCUGGAAGUUGGGAGAAGGGGCUCCUGUUUGGAGCUGCUUAAAGAGGAAUAGCUCAGCACUUAGAGCUGGGAGUAUUUUACACAUAGGAAGCUGCCACCUACUGAGUCAGACCAUUGGUCUAUCUAGUUCAGUAUUGUCUGUGCAGACUGGCAGCAGCUUCUACAAGGUUGGAGGCAAGAGUCUCUCCCAGCCUUAUGUGGAGAUGCCAGAGAUGGAACCUUCCCAGAGCAGCCCCAUAUCUUGCAGUGCUCACACAUGUCUCCCAUUCAAAUGCAAACCAGGGUGGACCCUGCUUAGCAAAGGAGAUAAUUCAUGCUUACUACCACAAGAGCAGCUCUCCUUGCUCAGAAGGAACAAGUCUUAGGAAGUAUCUUAACCCAAAGUGGAUUGAUAUAAAACAGUAAGAAAAAUGUCUGAUUUAAAUCAAGUUUCUUAUUUUGGAAUGCAUAUAUUUCCUAAACAAGCAUGCAUACUAACCAGCUGCUGUACAAAAUGCAUUGAUUUGCAAAUAAAAGUCUUUAAACAACUACAGAGCAUCAUCCAAAACGUUUGGCCAUGCAAAAAAAGAUGACAGUGAUACCUUAUUGGCAUUCUUUGUACAUAGCCCCUGGUGGCGCAGUGGUAAAACUGCCGCCCUGUAACCAGAAGGUUACAAGUUCGAUCCUGACCAGGGGCUCAAGGUUGACUCAGCCUUCCAUCCUUCCGAGGUCGGUAAAAUGAGUACCCAGAAUGUUGGGGGCAAUAUGCUAAAAUCAUUGUAAACCGCUUAGAGAGCUCUGGCUAUAGAGCGGUAUAUAAAUGUAAGUGCUAUUGCUAUUGCUAUAUGCGUGCACACUCGACAAGCUUGCUGAAUGGAGAUCUAAAGCGACAGUUCUAUGUGCACUUAUUUGGAAGUAAGUCACAUCAAAAUUGAAGUGGGAUUUGCUUUGGAGUAAACAUGCAAUUGGGCUGUAACACUCCAGAACUUUCCAGAAGAAGAGAAGAAGAAAGAACUGGUAGUUUAGAGGGGGAAGUAUUGUUUCUCUUGGAGAGGAAAAUAAAUGUCCAUGCUGUUUGGUAGAGUCAUAAACAUUAAAAACUUGAAACGACACACAUUGCAGCAAUCUAAUACUUGGCAUAAAAUAGGAAAAUAAUAUCCCCCUUAUUUCAAUUUAGUAGAUUAUCUUGGUGUACGGGAUGGCACACCCUGUAUCCUCAUGCUUCCAACAUGGUCAUGCCUGCAGUCCAGUUGGAAGGCCACAAAAAUGGAUACACUACAUGACUUAUUGGCUGUAUUCAGAGAUAACAAUAAACCAUCAUUUAGCAUUGCUAGCUGAUAGAACAAAGCAGGAUUUAUGUUUGGAUGCAACAACAAAUAGUUUAAGUAUAAACAGAAUCUGCAAGUUUCUUUUGCUUAUACAUGAGCCAGAGACUCAUACUCAUCAUGUUAAAUUGUGUUUCACCUGAAUCUGUUCAUUGUCUCAUUUACAAUGCUUUGCAUAAUUAUUGGUUGUUUUCCCUUUGUUUUGGGGCUGGCUCUUACAUAGCAAAGCAGUAUUUGAUUGUGUGUAUUUAAUAAAUGAUCAUGAUUCAGUUUUAA